UUGACAUUAACGACAGUUUCUUACUGUAGGCUGCUGCUCAGUGCUCACAAAUAACUAACUAAUGUUGGAUGUCCUUGCGUACUUAUUCAUUUCCAUGUAACGCGAUGGAAAUGAGGAAGCGCUGAUCAUAGGCGUCCAUUGGAGGACAGCGCAGGACCACAAAAGCGCCUUUGGAUGACAUCAAAGCCAUUUAAAGCUCUUCCUUCACUUCUACUGAGUUUGGAUCGCUGGAUAACAUGCAGACACUUUUGAGCGCUCUGUGCACUUCUCACGUUAGAUUCGGGGCUUCGGUGGACAAGAUAUAAACCUGCGUGUGUCCAUUUCGAUCAAAAUUACGAAAAAGAGAGGACACCUUCCAUUCAUCAAGACACUAAGAGUCUACAUGCAUUAAGGACUUCGCUACAAUAUUUUUCCAUCCGGGGUCUUGGUGCCAUUUGUUUUAUGUAUCAAUAAUCAAUAACAAUUUCUUUAGCUCACUGGACGUUUUGUUUGUUGCUGGAAAUAUGGUUUAGCCCGUUAACGGUGACAUAUCGACAUCUACACGGACACGAUGGCUGCAGUGGUGAAUUAUUCUCCGCCGUGGUGGGUUAACCUUUUCCAUCGCCUUCCCCACUUCAACCUACAGUUUCAGCUGACCAGCAGCGAUUUCCGCCCGGAGGACUCCGAGUAUCAAAAGUCUGUGUUGUUGCUAGGUGCAGUGGCAUUGGUGUGUUUGGCAUUGGACCUCCUCUUCCUCCUCUUCUACUCCUUUUGGCUGUGCUGCCGCCGCAGGAAGAGCCAGGACUCGCCCAAUGCAGACUGCUGCUGCACCGCUUGGUGUGUGAUCAUCGCCACGCUCGUGUGCAGUGCUGGCAUUGCAGUUGGUUUCUAUGGAAAUGGCGAAACCUGCGAUGGCGUGACACGACUGACAUAUUCCUUGCGCCAUGCUAACCAAACAGUGGCAGGCAUCGACAAACUGGUAUCAGAGAGCACCAGCAGUCUGAAUGAAACCCUGCAGGAAGGUUUGGUGCAGCUGGAGACUGUGUACUCCAAACAGACAGACUACCUGUCCAUCGUCCAGAAACUGCAGGGCCAGCUGGACGAGCUGAUUAAUCUGAUGGUGGAGGUGCCUUUCUGGAGCAAUACAGAUCUGUCACUGGAUCAUCUGGCAUCUGUCACUGAGCAGUUUGACUGGUACAGGUGGCUGGGUUUUCUUGGCCUGCUGCUCUUUGAUGUGAUAAUCUGCCUGCUCGUUUUGGUUGGUCUCAUACGCAACUCUAAAAGCAUCUUAAUCAGUGUUUGUUUGCUGGGUGUGCUGACACUGGUGAUUAGCUGGGGUUCACUUGGAUUGGAGUUUUCUGUUGCUGUGACUGCCAGUGAUUUCUGUGUUGCCCCUGACUCCUACAUCACCAAAGUUACACGUGAGAAUGCUGUAAUCAACCAAGAUAUCCUGCAGUAUUAUCUGAAGUGCAGCAUGGGACAGACCAACCCAUUUCAGCAGAAACUCUCUGGCAGCCACAAAGCCCUUGUGGAGAUGCAGGAUGAUGUUUCUGAGCUCCUUCGUUCAGCUAUCAGAGAAUUCCCCAAGACAAAGAGUAACCUGGAGGAGAUGCAAGCGGUGUUAAACUCCACUGAGGUCAGCCUUCAUCAUCUCACUGCCCUGGUCGAUUGUCGGAGCCUACACAUGGACUAUGUGCAGGCUCUGACCGGACUGUGUUAUGAUGGAGUCGAGGGGCUCAUUUAUCUGGUCCUCUUCUCGUUCGUCACCGCACUAAUGUUUAGCUCCAUCGUUUGCAGUGUGCCUCACACCUGGCAGAGCAAAAGGUCGGAGGAGGAGGAUGGCGAAGAGACUUCGGCCACGCUCGGCCCACGAGCGCCGCACGAUAACCUGUACCGCGUGCACAUGCCUAGCCUGUACAGCUGUGGCAGCAGCACCUACGGCAGUGAGGCUAGCCUCCCCGCUGCGGCACACACUGUCAGCAACGCACCAGUCACUGAGUACAUGAGCCAGAAUGCUAACUUUCAGAACCCUCGAUGCGAGAACACGCCACUCAUUGGCAGAGAAUCCCCCCCACCGUCAUACACCUCCAGCAUGAGGGCCAAAUAUCUGGCAACAAGUCACCCAGACCAGUCCAGGCCAACAGAAUCGCAGAACGGACUGGACCCCAACAUGCGACCAGAACUAACCAGCCGUUCAGCUCCCAAUAGCCGACCAAAUUCCGCUAUCCACCGACCCCACUCUGCUAUCCAUUAACCAUCCUCAAAUACAAAAAAACAAUAGUCAUCUACCUGCUGUCCACCAGUAUGAAGUUUAUCUCCAUUACCACAACAGUCAGCACUUUUGAAAUUAAUUAACUGUCAUUAAAGUAAUUCCCCAAUGUUGGUUCACCCUAAAGCAGAGCUACUCAACUUAGGAAAGGUCAGGGGCCGCAAAGCUGGAUCCUUGUACCCUCGAGGUCCGCACUCUUAAUUUGUAUGAUUUUUAUAUAUAUAUAUAUAAUAUAUAUACACACACAAGUUUACAUUUUUAUAGUAGGAAUGUUGGAAUGUUAGUUAAUGGGAUAAUUCACCUAAAAAUGAAAAGUCUCUCAUCUACUCACCUUCAUGCCAUCCCAGAUGUGUAUGAAUUUCUUUCUUCUGCUGAAGACAAAUGAUGAUUAUUUAGAAAAAAAUAUCUCAGCUCUGUGGAUGAGAGACAGAUCAAUAUUUAAGUCCUCUGCUUUUUUACUAUAAAUGUCCACUUUCACUUUUAGAUGUGAAAGUGAAACUAAACAGGCGCCACAUGUGACUUACAGAUGUGAAAGUGGAGACUUAUAGUAAAAAAAAAAGGACUUAAAUAUUGAUCUGUUUCUCACCCACAUCUAUCAUAUAUCUUCUGAAGACAUUGCUGCAUUUAUGUGCUUUUUGGAGCUUCAAAGUUCUGGCCACCAUUCACUUGCAUUGUAUGGACCAACAGAACUGAUAUAUUAUUCUAAAAAUCUUAAUUUGUGUUCAGCAGGAAAAAAAGAAAGUCAUACACAUCUGGGAUGGCAUGAGGUUUGAGGAAAUGAAUUUUCAUUUUUGGGUGAACUAUCCCUUUUAGUAAUUAUUUUAAACAUAAGGGGUGUAACAGUUUGAUUUUCUGAUAUAGAACAGUUCUGUUGUCACUAAUUGUAAGCUAACAAACACCAUGAGUGUUCAACAUUUCAUAGAGCAGAGAUGUGUUCAAAAACAAGAGCGAUAUAUCCAAAAUUAGCACCAAAAGUCCUUCAGUGACAAGUCAUAAAGUUUUGUUCACCCUCAUUUGCUGUCACUGCAGGAAAUUUGUUUUCCUAUAGUUACUGUUGUCAUGACGAGUACAUCUCUCUGAUGAGCUAUUCAAGAGAUUGGACAGAUUUGCAGCAUGUUGAGUAAUUCUCAAGCGAGAUUGCGAGCGCACGUUUGCUUGACAGACCGCGCGUGAGCGCACAAGUACUGUGUAUGAACGGACACGCGCGAAGACCGACCACCGCUCUCAUAACAUCAGCCAUGCUUAGAUAUUGUUUGUUGUUUUUAUUUAUUUAUUUGUAACAACCUCUUGCAGUCGAAUUCCCUCUCUAGCGUGAUUCAGCAAUGUACAGAACUAGCGUAAAUCCUCAUGAAAAUGGUCACAUCUCAAUUCGUACAGAUUUGAUUGGCUGCUGAUUAAUAUAUUUCUAAGGAUGAUAUCAUAACACGGGCCGCGUGUUGAGUAGCGCUACCCUAAAGGGAUAGUUCACCCAAAAAUAUUUGGGUGAACUAUACCUUUUAACAAAUUGGAAUCAGCUGUCCAGUCCUCUGUGGUCUGGUUUAAGCAUCUUCGCACACUUGGAUCUUUUUUUAAUUUUUUUAUUUCCCCAGUCUCACACAAUGCAUCACAGCAACUACACUGCCCUCUUCUGGAGGACUCCUCUCAGUUGUCUGUACAGUUCCUUUAAAUCUAAAGCACUCCCAUAUUGUACUACCCUUACAGAGAGUCUCUCAGGGCAGCCAUAUUGGCAAGGACUGCAGGUCCACAUUAACACAGCAGGAUAAUGGGUUAUACCACUGUCAUUUUUACCAUGCAAGAAAUGUGACUAUGACAUUUGAUUUUAUGGCGGGAUUAUAUUUUUAAGUGUUCUUCAAAAUUACAAUGUUGAUUAUGUAGUUUAAAAGGGCUUUAAAGUUGCAGCUUUUGUGCUUUCUCUGCAGUUCCUGGUAAUAUGGCAGCUUUAUGGACAGACACAAUUCCAUUCAUCACUGCUAUUUAAUGUUUAAGGAGAUAUUAACUAGUUUACAAAUCUUAAUGAAUUAAAGGUGCACUAAGGGAUUAUUUUCUAAUUGCUAAACUGAAAUGAAUAGCAUGAAGAUUCUAGUCAUAUCAGUCUUAGUAAAAAAGCUGAUAGAUUCUACAUAUGGUGCUGGGAGCACUUUCGUGAGUGCUGCCAUGUUGAGAUCACAUAACCAACUGAAUAUUUCUCUCUUUUACACAAUAAUUCCCUGUAAUUGGAUGCUUUCACUAGAGGAAUAAAUGAAUCUUGCCCGACUGUGAAUAGCGCACUUCUGCAAUGGCAUCAGUUACUGAGGACUUCAGCCUGAUCUCAAGAAAACUACGUGACUGUGGCAAUAUUUUUGCAAAAUGGUAUUACGUGGUUCAUUAAAUGUACUGUGGCAUUUCCAAGCCGAAAUGUCCAUUGUGUGACGCUAAAAGUAAGGCUUUCCAAAAAUAUAUGAGGGUUUUAAGGUUAAUGCUCUUUUAGUGUUUUAAAUCAACAAAAUUGACCUCCUUAGUCCCUACCCUCAACCUUAAACCUAAACCUAACCAAUACUAUCAUAAAAGUAAAGGCGAGGUGAAAAAUGCGAUAACUGAUGCAACCACGUCAUUUUGUGGUGCUUCUAUGACACUUUCGGCUCACGUCAACUCGCAUGUUCAUCAGGACUUGUACCCUGGUCCUUGGCAUCACAAAUGUAACACUAAGUUAAAUGCUAAUGCAACAAGCGUUAAAAUGUGUCACCAUUCAUGUUAUGUGGUAUAGUGCUAAGUGUUUUGAUGUCAUAAGAUAGCAUUGUGGGUGAAACAGGGCGAAAAGUAAAUGCUUAUGAAAUGGUAAUCUGCUGUUUUCCUCAUGAUUUGUGUAAAUGGAAAAAAGUAAUUGUUGUUGUAGUGCCUCUAGUGUUCAUUUCACUAGAAAACUGCUGCGUUACGCACAAAGAGCCACGUAAAAAUCAGUUUGCAUAAAUCUGUAGGUAUAGUAAUGUAAUUCUAUAAGACCAGAUUGGAAUUUUACUCUUGCAUAAUGCUGAAUCUAAGUCGUUAAAUUUCAAUUGACCAUAAAAAUCUAAAUAAAAUCACUGAGUGCAUCUUUAACCGAAUCGCACACUUGUUAUUCUGUGAAAUAACAGAUUUACCUGUCACAUAAGGCCACUUUUUGUAUUCUACGGUGUAAUCUAUGGUAUACCACAGUGUAAAUUGACAGCUAUCAAGCCUUUGAGCCAUUAUGCACAUUCUGUAUCUUACUCUAGAAGGGAAACAAUUGCACAACGCACUAAUGGUGUGUGAUAGUGUUUAAGGUGUGUUUGCCUUGUGCUUUAGUGUGUUUUAAAAUGGCACAACUCACAUGCUCUGCUCUUUGUAAAUAGUGUUUUUGUACUUAAAAAAAAAAAAAAAGAUCAACACUACAAAGUUGGUGCACUAACUAAUACGUCUGUGUAACAGUGCAGUGCAAUGUUUGCCGUGGCUUAGAGCUGCUGUAAAGAUUACCUGUAUGAAACCUGAAAACAAUGGUUAAUGAAUUCUGUGAUUAAAUAAUAAUACAUGUUUUGUAGACAUCACUUGAAUUGUUAAUACACUCGUAGGUGCUUGUGUAUGUGCACACUUUAAAUGUGAAUAUUUCUAACAGAGGAAAAUUCGCUCAGAGAGGAUAAGAAGAGAAAGUGAUACUUGGACAAAAAGAAAAAUGCCUCCCCAUGUGUAAAUCUUUUUUCUGUGCUGUUCAGGCAUGUUGUUCAGUCUUCAAAUUCUUUACCGGGUGAUUAUUCCUUUUAAAGGCAUAGAUUUUUUGAUGAAUUGAGAGUCAGACUUGAUUCUCACCACAGUCAGCCUUCUCAUUUCUGUUUUUACUUUUAUGGGGAAACACUUCUCUAUAGUGUUUAUGAAUCUCAAAUAUGGACAGACAUUAUGCUAUCAAGAUCUGGACACUGGACGUGUCGCACUAACAGGACUUAUAAAGUUUGCCUCCGAGACGCUCUUUCCCAUAAGAGGAAGUACAAAAAAGGAGGAAAAACUAAAUUUUAAGGAAGUUCCUCCUCGUCAUGCAGUCAUUCAGUAAGACUUACGUGGAUGUACUGUAAGAUAACCUAGCUGUCUUUACCAAGUGCAGUAUUGUUGGUUUUAUUUACUUGCAUCCAGUGUCAUAAGGCUGACAUAACAGUGUUUAGACAUUGUCAUAACACCUGUCAAGCGGGAAAAAAAAAAAACAAAAAAAAAAACAGCUGUUGUUAACAUUCAUAAGAUGUGGUAUCUAAUGCCGUUAUCAAAACAUCAUACCUUGAUUCUUUAAUGUAGAUGUUUAUGGAUUAAUUUUGUAUUACAGUAUUAUGAACAUCAUCAUAAAUUGCAUUAACAGGUGGAAAUGUCAUUUUAAACUGGAAAUCCUGUAAGAUCUUUAAUGACUUUGUGACACCCUCAGUUGACUGAGGUUGUGUGUUGUUUGAACUUGUUGUGUAACAACAGUGAAUGCUGUGUUUGAAUGCCAACAGGAUCCCUAACCCUUAAAACUUAAAUACAAACAUGCUUUGACCAACCUAAGUUACAAUCCUAGAAAAACACUCAUGCACAAAAGCAACACUAUUCACAGAAACACGAAAUGCAACAGACAAAGAUCUGUUUCACACACUUAAACGCUAAAUACUUAAAUAUUUAGUUCACCCAAAAAUAAUUGGUUUUGCUCCAAUCCGGUCCAAGACUCAUGCUUUUGAGGAACACAAAACAUUUUACCAUUCACUUUUAUUGCAUCCUUUUUCCAUACAAUAAAAGUGAAUAAAUGAUGACAAAAUCUUCAUUUUUUUUGUGAACCCAUCAUUUAAGUGAGUAAAAACAUGCACCUUUCCACUCUGCAGACACAAUGUAAAACUACUCUAAAAUAUGUGAGUCUUUUACAGUAUUUACACAUUUAAAACCACUAACCAUCAAAUAGAGACAAUCCAAAUGUUCGGUGUGUAAUUCUGUACCGUAUAAUUCAGUUGCAUGACUGAAGGGAAUAUGAGGAUAAAUUAUUUUCUGCCUUUUUUAACAUUUUCAUACAAUAACCUUUCUUUCUGUAAAUGUACACAUUUUUAUUUUGUAGCUUAAUCUUGUUGAGCUUACUCCUUUUUAAACAUGAAUAAGAAUGAUUUGUUAUAAGUGUUUUGAUAACAAUUCUUAUGAAUUUGUCAUGUUUUUGUUGUUGUUUGUUUUGUUUUUUCAUUUGUGAUUAAGAUGUUGUACAUGUCAGAAAACUGAUUUUCUGAGCCUGGAUUCAAUGUUUUAAUAAUGUAUUAAAAUGAACUUAUCUGGU